AGGGUUGUAACGCCAAUCUACAGUCGAUCAAAAGAAGACAUCUUUCCAAAUUGAAAAAACCAUCCCGAACGCCACUGAACCUUCCAGGUCUUCCAUGGCCCAAGAAACACUCCCCUAACACGUGGAAUUCUCAUCUCCGAAAAUGUUUUUUGCCACCGCAAUUUCAAAGAAGAUUGUCUCUCUGUUACGGCCAUGGCUACAACAAGAACCAGAACUGGAACUCAAGUUGGGGUUUCUUCGCUCCAACGGAAUAGCAAAGAACCUCCGUUUCGACACUUCCGUUCUCAAUCAGCUUAUCGACGACUCUCCUGGCCUCUCCUUCAAGGACGUUAGGGUUGAUCAUUUGAGCUUUCAAUUAUCGUAUUGUUCUUUUCCCGCGUUAACGAUCGGCGUUCGUGGUGUUCAUGUCACAUUAUCAGGAGGGGAAUUGAAGGAGGAGAGGCGUUUGACACCAAGGGAUACGUAUUCGGAGGAUAUGAAGAAGAUUCUAGCUCUGAUUGAUCCGGAGGGUACUGCUUUGCAUGACAUGCUUGAAAGGAUUUCAGGCACCACACUUUCAAGAAAUUCUCUUACAACUUCUUUUUUGAAUGUUAUACUAAACCACUGUAGAUUAGAGAUCCAUGACAUUCAUAUGCAAGUGCAGUUUUCCAUGUCCACUGAUUCCUUUGGGUGUUUGUUUGAGAUGAAAGAGCUUAGUAUGGAGUCUCAAUAUCUGAAGCAUGGAUGUCUUCUUAAAGGGCUUGUUGGGGCUCUUUUUGCACCGUUGAAAGAGAGCUGUUUUGUUAUUGAUGGUAGAGGUUUUGAGAUCAGACUGAAGAGGGAAGAACACAUCAACUGUGUUUUACCUGCUGUAGAUCUGUUUGCUUGUAUCAAAUUUAAAGAUCUUCAACCUGUAGACAUCAGUCUUCGAGUCCCACAAGUGAGUUUUUCACUUUCCCCACUUGAUCUUCCUAUUAUAUUAGCAUUUGACGUGCUAUUAUCCCAAGGAUCUAAGCGUGUAAGAAGUGGUCGACAACUAUGGAGAAUAGCUGCAAGCAGAAUUGGUUUUCUAAUUUCAGUUCCCAGAUUGUCAUUACAAAGAUUAAUCAGUGUUGUUGGUCUGUGGAUACGUCAUGUAAAUACUUAUGAGUAUUUACUUUCACAAGUUGGAUAUUCUGCUGACUGCUUAGUGAAAAGAUCUGCUGUCAAGAUAUCAGAGGACAAAAUGUUUUCCAAUUCUGUAAAACACAACUGGAAUGUUAUAUCUGAAAUCGAGAAGGAGCUGCCUGCUGAGGCUAUUGCUCAGGCACGACGAAUAGCUCGCUAUAGAGCAGCAUUGAAUGUUCAACAUGCUGGAGAUGUUUAUAUUGAACCACUAAUCAAUAAUCGCUUCAAAUUCAUCUGCAAGAUCAUUUCACUGCUAAAUUUUAUUUGGAAACUUAUUUUCAGCAUAUUCCACUUACUUUUACAUUUUUUAUGUUUGAGGAAUCCCUUUUCUGAACAUCAAAAAGUUGAUGUUAACUUGGGAAUUGCAUCUGAUGGUUCCUGCCCACGGUGUUGCUUCAUUCUUAACCUGGGAAAGGUUUCUGUGAUUGUUUCCCCAGUUAACGUGGUUUGUCCUCCUGUUAGUGAAAAAUUGGAAUCAGAUAUUGGGAUCUCUUACUCUGAAUUACUUUCAUUUUGUAUUUCAAUUGACAUGCUGUUAUUAAUAUACAAAGAAGAAAUUUGUGAACACAGUGUGUCAUUUUCCUGUGGCCAAUUGAAGGUUACAUCCUCAUCUGCUAUGGAAGAUCUUGUUGGGGAAAGCAGUUCAAGAAAUUCUUUUGGUUCCUUAAAGGGACAUCAGAAAGAAAAAAUAAAUGAUUCAAAAACUAUUCUGUGGGGUGAGCCUGCACAAAUGUUUCUCCUUAUGGAAAAUAGUACUACUAAUCAUGCUGAAAGUGCUAGUGUCUCAUUUUUAGAAAAUCUUUUGGAAGAAAUGUCAUUGUCUUGGCAAAGAACUAGCUUGAAAUUUGAGGGAAGUGAGAUCCAGUUUUUGGAAAAUCCAUGCAUCCUCUUGGGGAUUAAAAGCUUUUUGAUUAGUUCAGGCCUUAGGGAUCUAGAUCCUGGGUUAUGGAGUUGUUGCUUGACAGUGGGAAAGUUGAACUUCUCUUUGGGAUAUUCAUCUAUAUUAUCAGUUGCCCUGCUUUGUAAGCAGAUACAACAUGCUCUUUGCUGGGCUAAGGAUAAUGGGAAGUCAAGGGUUAUUUCUCAUUCACCAGAAACCAUUGAAGAUCUGCCUGAAACCAAUUUGAGUAGUAGAUACAAGUUCUAUGCUAGAGAAAUGAAGACAGCAAUUAUUGGAAUGCUUCCGGAGAAACGUGUUGAACUUGGAGUACUCAUUGCUGGUCCUCACAUCCAAAUGUCACUGAGAAAGGAGGGGUUUAAUGGUAGCAAUGAAGAUAUGAAUCAUGUAGUUGAUCAGGAUGAUUUUGAACUUGCCUUUGAUGUGCACAAUAUUGAACUUGCCCUUUGGCCAAUGCCAAAUUCUGAAAUUGCAUCAUCUAUUGGGCACCUUGGAUUGAAUGAUGUGGAACCACAAAGUCUUAGCUGGAAAGAGCCUCGGAUAAUUGAUACUCCUAAAUCAGAUGAUGAAAACUAUAAAUCUCAAAGUCGGACUAGUCUUAGUUUUUACCUAAAAAUUAAUGGUUUAAAUGCCUACUGGGAGGCCUCAGACAAAAAUCAAGAGAGCAAAAUAUUUGCAUUAAAGCCAAUAACCGUGCAGUCAUCAUCAUUCAGGGAGUCUCUCCAUUCAUUUAGCACAACUUUUGUUGCUUUCUCAGCAGCUUUGCAUGGAGUGGCUACAGGAUUCACCUUUUUGUUGUCUAUGGAUGAAUUGUAUGUUUUCCUUCAGGUGGUUGUGAGCUUGUUUUCUUCAAUAUCACUUGCUUUUACUACUGUUAAUUCAAUGGAUUGUGUACAUUGUCAAGAAUUUAUGAGGCAAGAGGUGAUCUUUGCUUCACCUGAGAAUGAGGAGAAGUUGGCAGCUAUUGCAACAGGGGCAUCUUUGAUUUCCAAGAGAAUUCUAUUUGUGGUUAAUGGCACUUUCCAGCUUAAUUCAGUGGACAUAAUUCUUCAAGAUUCAAGGAAAAGUGAUAAAAUGGAGGGUUAUUUAAAAACUAUUAAUGGUUUAAGUGCCAAGAACUUGGAUGAGGUGCCUGAAGACGGAAUUUGGAUUUCUGUUCAUCAAACAUGUUUUGUGAUUUCUUGUGAAGAAGGGAAACUGGAAGUUCACACUGAUUUAUCCCGAAUCCAGUCUGUUGUUUUCAGAUCUCAGAGUCCAAUAGAAACAAGUAUUGAUCAGUCUGAACUUAGAAAUUUGCUGCAACAAUCUCUUGUUUGCUUAUAUGAAAUAUCUCUUUCUAAUCUUGCAUUUACUUUCUCCUUGGCAUCCCUUGAGAAUGUUCCAUCAUCAGGAAGUGUGACCAAUGCACUGGAUGGUUUUACUUCUGGUGAUAUUUCCCCUUCAACAAUUGCCACUGAAACGUCAAAUCUUCAUUCUCUUGGUCUUAAUCAGGCGUUAGGGUUUGCUUCAAUUAACCUAGAACCAGCAUCAAGUCAUUGGUUACUCAUAAAUAUUUCAGUCAGUGAGAUUUUUUUGGUGAGGUCUACGGUGAAGAAUGUUCUGGCUGGAGCACAUCAAAUGAAUAAACUUUUGUCAUCCCUUUCUGUUGGUGGAGAAUUUCAGACAAUCUCUUGGGCAGUUCAGGGUGGUUUUGUUUUCCUUGAUACGACAGCAGUGGUGAAGAUUUUUCAUUGCUUUGCUUCAUAUGCUUGUUGCAUCACGGAUCUUUUAUCUGUUAUGUCAUCAUCUUUGAAACAUAUUGAAAAAACUGAACAUAGUCCGAAUAUGGCUAGACUGGAUGAUCUUUCCAUUGAGGAGCAUGUCCAAGAGACACUAAGUACAUCUCAGCAAGUCAGAUGGGCACUAUUUGAAGCUUUUACAAUGGGCAUUUCUCAAAUUUCUAUUGUACUUGUGGCUGAAGAUGAAUCCGGUAAAUUUCGAGAACUUGUGCUUGAGGCUGACAUCCGUUUGGAUCUUGAAUUAGUGAACAUGAGAAAAAAAUUCAUGCUUGACCUUUCCUCCUUGUCAAUCCUUUCUCAAAUUCUUUGUGGGAGUGUGAAAAAUGAAAUUCAAAUUCCUCACUUUGCUUCUGGCAUAUCAAAUGAUUUGCUAUCUCACUCUUUACCUGGAGAUCCUACAAUAGCAUUUCAGCGUAAGGAUGGGACUCAUCCAGUUCCUGAUGGUGCAAGUAGCUCAAGUGAUCCUGUUUCCAAAAAGGAAGCUUUGAUGCAUAAUUCUGUAUCUGAGGGCUUUCAGUUAAGUUGCCAAAGAUAUAUCUUGAAAAGGUUACGAGCUUUCAUUUUAGUUCAGAAGUCAAUGCCAGAGACUGAGAAUGUUCCUCUACGUUUAUAUCCAGUUUGGGUUGGUAAUGGUUCUGUUUCAGGUUUUGAUAUGAUAAUCUCUCUGUCUGAGAUACAGAUGAUUUUGUCUGCUGUUGCAUCUUUCUCCGAGAUUUCCACCAAAGAGACAAUUGACAACUUGAAACAAGAGCACCAAUCCAGUAGCCAGGGAUUUGACCAUAGUUUGGAAGGAACAGUUCCUAAUGGAGCAAUUGUUGCAAUUCAAGAUAUCCACCAACACAUGUAUUUUACGGUUGAAGGUGUAGAAAACAAGUACAGUUUGGUUGGUGCCCUUCAUUAUUCUCUUGUGGGAGAAAGGGCUCUGUUCAGGGUGAAGUACCAUAAACACAGGAGAUGGAAUUUGCCAGUCUCAUGGUUCUCCUUGAUAUCAUUGCAUGCUAAGAGUGAUUCAGGGGAACCGUUGCGAUUGAAUUGUCGUCCUGGGUCAGGUUUUGUUGACAUCUCCAGCACUAAUGACAGUGAGUGGGCACUUUGGAGAACUGUUUCUUAUAAGCCUGAAAGUUAUGAAGGUGAUGCUGACUGGGAGCCUUACAGUCAACUGACCAAAAACACUUUUUACCUUAUAAACAAGAAGAAUGACUGUGCCGUUGCUUUUGUUGAUGGGAUUCCGGAGUUCGUUAGGAAGCCUGGAAAUCCUUUCAAGUUGAAAGUGUUCCAUGAUUCUUCUCUAGCUUGUGAUGUUGCUGUGCUGGAUAACCACUCUACAGAAACUUCUGGAAGUAAUCUGCAACAUAACCCAUGUGUGGAUAAAGAGAGAACCUUCAUGCAGACUGAAGAUGUCCCUUGCAUUGAUGUAACUAUUGAUGAGGUUUCUCUGACUAUUGUUCAUGAACUUUCAGAUACAGAUGACAAAGUUCCACUUCUUCGGGGGUGCAUCAGUAACAUGCAACUUAUCGUACAAAUUCUGUCUUCUAAGACCAGGGUUAUGAGCACAUUAAGUGUUAUGCUAUAUUACUUUGAGGUGCAAAGACAUUUGUGGAGAGAACUUGUUCACCCAGUUGAGAUAUGCAUUUUCUACCGCUCUAGUUUUCAAAUUGAGGGUUCAGAAAUUGUUUCCCAGAGUGUUCCUAUGCAUUUCUAUUUUAGAUGUAAAGAGGUGGAAAUAUCUCUAACCGAGGUUUCCUUGGACAUACUUCUCUUUGUGAUUGGAAAAUUGAAUUUGGCUGGUCCUUUUUCAGUGAAAACCUCCAUGAUUCUGGCCCACUGCUGCAAGGUCGAAAACCAAUCAGGUUUAAACCUUCUUUUCCGCUAUCAGGAUGAUCAAGGGCUAUCAAUAGCCAGAAAGCAGUCUGCUUCCAUUUUCUUGAGGCACUUAGCUUCAGCUGAUCAAUCUCCAGAGAAUGCAUCAUUUGCUUCAAUUCAGCUUUCAUGGUUUGGAUCUUUCUCAACUUCUCCAAUUCAUCUUUCUCUUUCCAAAACUCAAGUACUCGCUUGGAGAACUCGUAUUGUCUCACUUCAAGAUUCGAAAACUUACCCUGGGCCAUUCAUUGUAGUUGACAUUUCAAGAAAAAGUGAGGAUGGUCUGUCUGUUGUGGUUUCUCCUUUAAUAAGAAUACACAAUGAAACUACAUUCUCUAUGGCGCUACGUUUUCAACGGCCUCAACAAGUUGAAACAGAGUUUGCUUCAGUAUUGCUUAAGACUGGGGAUACAAUUGAUGAUUCCAUGGCUGCAUUUGAUUCUAUAAAUGUAUCUGGUGGGCUGAAGAAGGCAUUGUUGUCUUUAAGUGUUGGUAACUUCUUAUUUUCUUUUAGACCUGAAAUUACAGAUGACUUGGGAAGUUCUAAGAGAUCACUUUCAGUGAGCUGGUCAGAUGACUUUAAAGGUGGAAAGGCUGUUCGGCUCACUGGGAUCUUUGACAAAUUAAAUUAUAAAGUUCGGAAGGCCUUUUCUGUUGAACAUGUGAAAUGUUCCUUCAGCACUGCACAUUGUUCCCUAAAAGCCGAAGGGGCACAUAUUGGUAACAUGCAUUUCCUUAUUCAGAGCAUUGGAAGAAAUGUGCCUGUUAUGCUUCCUGAUAAGUCUGGGGAUCCUUCUGAAAAUAGGAAUUCUCCAGUUGCAUUACAGGAACAAAAGGAAAUCUUUCUUCUUCCUACUGUUCGAGUUUCCAAUUUAUUGCAGUCAGAGAUACAUGUGCUUUUAACGGAAACCGGUGCAGAUCAAUAUACCAGUAUUGGCUCUGACAACAUUGGAAACCAGGCAACCAUUCUAUGCGGAUCAACAGUGGAUUUAUAUGCUAAUCCUACCAUAAUAUAUUUUACUGUUACUAUAACUGCAUUCAGGUCAAGCUGCAAACCAGUGAACAGUACCGACUGGGUUAAGAAGUUGAAUAAGCAGAAAAAUGACGUCUAUCAUUUGGACAUUGAUUUGAACUUUGGUGGUGGGAAGUAUUUUGCUUGCUUAAGAUUGUCUCGUGGGCUUAGGGGUGUAUUAGAGGCUGCUAUCUUUACAUCAUAUGUGCUGAAGAAUGACACUGAUUUUGCCCUCUUUUUGUCUGCCCCAAAUCAGAAGUCUUUAUCUAGGGAUGAAGCUCAGAAAUUUGGUUCCAGCAUUCCUCCUGAGAUAGGAUUAUUUUUGCCUCCAAAAUCAACUGGAUCAUGGUUCUUAAAAUCCAACAAAGUCCGCUUCAAAUUAUUAGAAGGAAAAGCAUCAGAGUCAUUGUUGGACUUGGAUGCUCUAUCUGGCCUUACAGAGAUAAGCUUCGAAACAGAGCAAGUAUCCGGAUUUAAGCAUGUCACAAAGUUGGGGGUGUCUUUGGGACCAUCUUUGAGUAAAGUGGCUGUUCCAUCACAAAUAGUAUCUUUGGUUCCACGAUAUGUAGUAGUCAAUGAAUCAGAGGAAGUUAUCAUUGUCCGUCAAUGUCAUUUGGAGUAUGAUAUGGAACAUAUGAUCCAUAUCAACAGUGGACAGAAAACACCAUUGCAGCUACACAUGGGAUCAAGCAAGAAGAGAGAAUAUAGUCUCUUUGACAACUUUAUCAGAAAGCAUAGAAAUGCUAAUGAUGAUUCAUUAAUAAUUGUCCAGUUUCAGCUGAAGGACACUGGAUUGGGUUGGUCAGGGCCAGUAUGUAUUGCUUCACUAGGACGUUUUUUCCUGAAAUUCAAGCAAUCCUUAGAUGUUUCAAUAUUGCACUCAAAUCAUCUAACACCACAAGACAAAACUUUGAGAGAGUUUGCAAUUGUUCAUAUAGUAGAGGAGGGUUCUACUCUUGUUUUGCACUUCCAAAAACCACCAAAAAUUAAUCUGCCAUAUCGGAUUGAGAAUUGCUUGCAUGAAGUGUCAAUCACUUACUAUCAAAAGGAUUCAGAGGAGCCUGAGACCAUUGGAUCUGGAAGUAGUGUUGAUUAUGUUUGGGAUGAUUCGACUCUUCCACAUAAAUUAGUUGUCAAAAUUGAUGAUAUUCAUGAAUUACGUGAAAUUAACUUGGACAAGGUGCGAGCAUGGAAGCCUUUCUUUAAAAGCUGGCAACAUAGAAGGUUUCCAUUUCAUUUACCAUUGGAUAAUAGGCCAAGUGACCAGAGAAGAACUAAUUUUGGUGGAUUAAAUGGUAUUGAGAUGAUAAAGGUGGGGUAUGAAGUAUAUGCAGAUGGUACCACGCGGGUUUUGCGAAUCUGUGAAUUUCCUGAUAAUCACAAGGGAGACAAAGAAUUCCAGUCAUGUGCAAAGAUUCAACUAAGAGUUCCCUGUUUUGCAGUACACUUACUUGAACAUGGAAAGCAGGAUGUAGAUGCAAGUGAGCCAUCAGAUUACACAACAGUCAUAGUUGUAAAGCUUGAACAUAUCAAUAUGGAUUCUAUAUUCACUAAUCAGCAUAAAUUUAACCAAAUCAGGGUACAGGCAUUGAAUGUGGAGCAGAAGUGGGUAGGAGCUCCUUUUGCAGCAUUGCUUCGAAGACAUCAAUCAGAGUAUUGUGAAAUAAAUGAUAGCAUAUUGCGUGUUGUCUUCGUCCUAAUUUCAACCAACUCCAAUGUUACACAAGUUAAGAAUUCAUCCAUCAUUCUGCAGCCAGUUGAUUUGAACCUUGAUGAGGAGACAUUAAUGAGAAUUGUUCCAUUUUGGAGAACAUCCCUCAGUGACUCAAAAUCUCAGAGUCGCCAGUUUUAUUUUGAUCGUUUUGAGAUCCACCCAAUAAAGAUCAUAGCAAGCUUUCUUCCAGGGGACUCCUAUUCAAGCUAUAGCUCAGCCCAGGAGACUGUGAGGUCUUUACUGCAUAGUGUGAUAAAGAUCCCUGCCAUAAAAAAUAUGGUUGUAGAGCUCAACGGGGUCCUCAUUACUCAUGCUUUGAUAACAAUGCGUGAACUGUUUAUUAAGUGUGCACAACAUUAUUCCUGGUAUGCUAUGAGGGCCAUCUAUAUUGCAAAAGGGAGCCCAUUGCUUCCACCAUCUUUUGCAUCUAUUUUUGAUGACUCAGCUUCAUCUUCUCUAGACGUCUUUUUUGAUCCUUCCAGUGGGUUGAUCAAUCUUCCAGGUCUCACUUUAGGUACCUUCAAACUUAUCAGUAAAUGCAUUGAUGGUAAAGGGUUCUCAGGGACAAAACGCUAUUUUGGUGAUCUGGGAAAAACUUUAAGAACCGCAGGGUCGAAUGUACUCUUUGCUGUUGUCACUGAAAUAUCAGAUUCUGUUUUAAAGGGUGCAGAAACAAGUGGUUUUAAUGGAAUGGUGAGUGGUUUUCAUCAAGGAAUACUAAGACUGGCGAUGGAGCCGUCACUUUUGGGGACUGCUUUUGUAGAAGGUGGCCCAGAUAGAAAAAUUAAGCUUGAUAGAAGCCCUGGGGUUGACGAGUUAUAUAUUGAGGGAUAUCUGCAAGCCAUGCUAGAUACAGUAUAUAAACAAGAAUACCUGAGGGUGAGAGUCAUUGACAACCAGGUUUUCCUCAAAAACCUACCCCCAAACAGUUCCCUUAUAGAAGAGAUCAUGGAUCGUGUGAAGGGUUUCCUUAUAAGCAAGGCAUUGUUGAAAGGAGAUUCUUCAACAACUUCUCGCCCUCUACGCCAUCUUCGAGGAGAAAGUGAAUGGAAAAUUGGACCAACGGUUCUAACUCUAUGUGAACACCUCUUUGUGAGUUUUUCCAUCCGCAUGCUGAGAAAGCAAGCUGGUAAGCUUAUUGGGAGCAUAACGUGGAAGGAAAAAUCUGAUGACGGCAAUCAGAAAGCAAUUGUGCCAACAUCCCAAUCUGAUGGUGAGAAUCAGAAAGCAAUUGUCCCUGCAUCCCACUCUGCGGAGGGGCUCAAGGUGAAGUUUAUGUGGAGAUGGGGGAUUGGCAAGUUUGUUUUGUCCGGCAUAGUAGCAUAUAUUGAUGGACGGCUAUGCCGUAGUAUCCCUAAUCCGCUAGCAAGACGUAUUGUGAGUGGUUUUUUGUUGAGCUUUCUUGAGAAAGAUGAUCAUUAAUUGUGGAUAUUCUUGUAUAUAUAGGAACAAUUUUCUUUUCAAAAUUUUGUUUGUUUGUUUUGGUCCUUUCCUUUUGAUCAACAAUUACAUAUCGUCUCUUUCAGUUCC